AUGACGGAUGUGCAUACAAGCACGUCCUCCCUACGAAAGACACCCAAGAGGAAGCAUGCGGCGGCCGCAGAUGAGUAUACUGUGCCGACGACGCAAGAACCGUCCUUCACACCAUCUGCCAAGCGGCACCGCAGCAUGCCGGACUCGGUCGAGACCCGGCGCGGAAACGAUGUGAGAACAGACGCUGGGACCACCGAUCCACAGGAAUCCGACGUGCUCGCUCCCGAAACUCCACAAAGCGAACUGGAGGGAAAUGCAGUUCCCAUGAAGGCUGGCCUAAGUCAAGAGUUUUGA